AUGGAAAUAUUGUUAAAUUUCUUACUGCGCGUUAUACACGGGGUGCGCGUUGUCUAUGGGAUAUUACGAUUAAUUGGCUAUGGUGGAUUUGGUAAAGUGUACCAUGUUGAGUCUAAAAUGAACAAAAAUAUUGAGCUAUAUAAAGAGGAACCAAAUGAGAAAAACAUCAAUCGUGAAAUAAACAUUUUGCAAUUGUGCGAUCACAUAAACGUGAUCAAAUACUAUGGGGCGUGGCGCGAACAGGGUGAACCGGGCAGUAAACUUGAUAAAAUUUACAUCAUGAUGGAGUACUGUAAUUACAAUCUGCACAAUGUCUUUGAUUUUAUCACAAGCGUUUAUAAACGCAAAUCUAACGAGGUGAUAUGUCCGGUUAAUUAUUUCAUCUCAAUUACCCUGGUCGAGGAAAUCCUCAACGGUUUAAACUAUUUACACGGCAUGGAUAUAAUGCAUCGGGAUAUCAACCAAAGUAAUAUAUUGGUCAAACAACAAGGUAACGGGUGGGUGGUUAAGAUGUGCGAUUUUGGAUUUGCCAAGCUCGAAGCAUCCGCGUCACAGCACACGGUCAAUGUGGGCACAUUAACCUAUCAGGCGCCCGAGGUGAAAUGGGGUGGUGAAUACAAUAAGAGGGCCGAUAUUUUUAGCCUGGGUGUUACGCUUAUUCAAUUUUUCAACCUCGAUAUUAACAACAGUAAAAUUGUGGUGCACCCGGAGCUUGUAACUUUGUUGGCUCGUAUGAUAUCUGGCAAAGCGGCUGAUAGGCCCACGUGUGUGGAGGCACUGACAUCGUUCAAUCAGCCACCGAUUGUUUAUGAUCUGGAUGUAGUGCGUGCCGAUCAUCCUGGUGCUAUUGGUUUGGAUGAUAACAAGUAUACACUAUUGGAAGAGUUAACUACCGGUGCGUUCGGACAGUCGUAUAAAGUUGAGGACAACACCGACACAAAUGUUUACUGUAUUAAAACGUUUGAUAUUAAAGAUCAAAACAAAGUGAACAAACAAAUCACUGCGUUCACCGAAUUGGCCGAUUUAGACCCGGCUUACAUCAGACAACACUUGUCUAAUUGGGUUCAAUGGGAGGAUAGCCUACAGGCGCUCAAGUUAUACACACAGUCGGAGUGGUAUUCACUAUCCCUAACUAAAGUCAUUGAUAAAAUGCACAGCUAUUUUGGGUCAACCGAUGGCCAUUUCUGGCCACCCGUCGGCUAUUAUAUGGCAUCAGAAAUAUUGCUGGAGAUUAUUGAAUGCGUAACGUAUUUGCAUACCAAUCACGUAAUAGACAGUGAGAUAACGGAUAAACCACCAGAUAGUGAGACAGUCGUUGAACAAAUAGACAAACUGUAUAGUGAACAGCAAAUUGAAGAAAAUAGUGAGACAGUUAUCCAACAAAUGGAUACUGAAUUAAAUGAUGAAACAGUUAUCAACGAAUCCAAACCCACGGAUCAGCUCAUAGGCAAAAAAGCCAUAAAUAGUGAACCAAUUGCUGAGAUAAUAGACAAUCAAAUAGUGGAUCAGACAAUAGUGACAGAAACAGAAGACAAUGAGAGUACUGUUGAACUUCCCAUUGAAAUCUAUAAGUUUGCUCAUAAUCUCAACGAUUAUAAAACCCUGAAACACGCACUGGACGUGUGGUCACAAUUAGAUGCGGAACACGUAAUCAAAUACCUGUCCCAUUGGUGUCAAUACGACUCGGACAGCGUCCAUACCCUACCGGUGCUGAGGCUAUACUUACAAACCGAUACGUAUAUAAUGUCGUUAACCGAAGCUAUAGUAAAAAUUAAACACCAUUUCGGGGCCAAAAAUAAUCAACUUUUGUCGCCAAUGGCUUAUUAUAUGGAAUCUGAGCUACUGUUGGACGCACUCGAGUGCCUACACUAUUUGCAUACCUGUGCGCCCCCUAUAACUCACGGCCAGAUACGGCCCGACACUAUACUUAUAACCUUUGGUCCGACCGUUCGGUGCGUUAAACUGACAGACAUUGGUUUGAAAGCACCGGUUAGGCCACAGACAGAGGGGGAACCACAGUAUGACCAGUAUAUGGCACCGGAGGUGAUGUAUGGAUCGGAUGUUGACAAUAAAGUGGAUAUUUAUAGUAUGGGUGCUGUCGUACAGGAGUUGUUUAACUUUGAUCUAGAUAUUCAGCCCACACAUCGGCCCACGUGUGAGAUCCUAUUGAGUGCCAAACACGAGUGGGCCCUACCUUACAAAGUGGUCAGAGAUACCAUUCCCGACAUCAUUGACCCGAACCGCACAUAUAAUCCAAACCAAGAAUUUAUUGAACAUUUUCUACAAAUGAAAUAUAAUUUCAAUGAAAAGCCAUUAAUGCCGGUGAAAGUGGAGACAAAAUUUAUUGAGCUCACUAUCGACGACAAUUUAUUUCACACACUGUUUCACUCAGAUCGAAUUGAGAAGUUGACCCAGGGCAUAUUUUGUACAGUGUUUAAGGGUCGACAUAAGCAACUGCAUAAGGAUUAUGCUAUUUAA